GUCCAAGAUGAAAGCAACCAUUGCAGUUUUUUGUUUCCUCGUUUUAGUAGCGUACGCUAUUGCGGCGGCGGAUGCGAAGAAGAGCUCCGGAGAACGCUGCUAUAUGGAACCAGAAACUGGACGAUGCAAGGCACGCAUGACGAGGUUUUACUACGACAAGAAAGAGUGGACGUGCAAAACAUUUAUUUAUGGAGGCUGCGGCGGUAAUAAAAAUAACUUCAAGACAGAAGAGGAAUGCCAAAAAGCGUGCAAAUGAGGUAAUCAAAGCUCGUAUUUGAUUAAAACUUAAUCCAUCAGAGCACUUCAACCGGGGUCAA